CCCCGCCCCCAACCCCGUUGCCCCUGCCCUGGGCAGAGCCUUUGGGUCAGCGGAGCAGGGUGGUCCACAUGUCCCUGGGUGCCCCUGGCCUCAGGUCAGGGGCCAGAGCCUCUCUGGCCCUCUCCCUGUGGUGGGCUGAUCCCUCCAUCAUGGCUCCUCCAGCUCCAGAAGGGCUGGCUUCACUGGGCUGCUGUGGGGGGAGGGGGCGGGGGCUGCGUGGACACCAGCCUGCAGCCCCCAGGCCUGCCCAGCGGCCCCCCCUACUCUCCCACCUCCGCUGCUGGGCCUCACUUCCGCCGUAGGGUGAAGAGCGCAGCCCCAGCCCGAUAGAUAAGCAGCGCUGUUUCCUCUGGGGAAGGAAGGAGGGUGGGGGAGCGGGUGCAGAGACCUUGAGCUGGGGCAGCUGAGUGCCAAUGGACCCCAGCCAUGAAAGGCCAGGGGAUGAGGAGGCUGGCCCGGGGAACAGACCCUCGGAAGGGCUGCUGCAGGAACAGGUUGAGCCUCCAUCCCACCACUUCUCCCCUGAGGAGCGGACCCUGCUCUAUGAGGAGGCACUCUACACAGUCCUGCAUCGCCUGGGCCAGCCAGAGCCCAACCACGUGGCUGAGUCCUCUGAGCUGCUGCGGUACCUCCAGGAGGCCUUCCAACUGGAGCCAGAGGAGCACCAGCGGAUGCUGCAGCAGGCCCUGGAGCUUGAGAAGCCAAUGUUCUUUCUGAAGGCCACGGUGAAGCAGGCCAAGGGCAUUCUGGGCAAGGAUGUCAGUGGGUUCAGCGACCCCUACUGCCUGCUGGGCAUUGAGCAGGGGGUGGGCGUGCCCGGGGGUAGCCCUGGGGCCAGGCAGCGGCAGAAGGCGGUGGUGAGGGACACCAUCCCGGAGGAGCAGACUCACCGCACCCAAGUCGUCACACAGACACUCAACCCAGUCUGGGAUGAGACCUUCAUCUUGGAGUUUAAGGACAUAGCCAAUGCCAGCUUCCAUCUGGACAUGUGGGACCUGGACACAGUGGAGUCCGUCAGACAGAAGCUAGGGGAGCUGACAGACCUGCAUGGGCUGCGCAGGAUCCUUAAGGAGGUCAGGAAGGACAAGGGCCAGGACGACUUUCUGGGGAACUUGGUUCUGAGACUGCAGGACCUGCGCUGCCGCGAGGACCAGUGGUACCCUCUGGGGCCCUGCACCGAGACCUACCCAGACCGUGGCCAGUGCCACCUCCAGUUCCAGUUCAUCCACAAGCGGAGAGCCACAAGGGCCAGCCGCUCGCAGCCCAGCUACACUGUGCACCUCCACCUUCUGCAGCAGCUUGUGUCCCACGAAGUCACGCGGCACCAGGCGGGUAGUACCUCCUGGGACGGGACACUGAGUCCCCAGGCUGCCACCAUCCUCUUUCUCCACGCCACGCAGAAGGACCUGUCCGACUUUCACCAGUCCAUGGCGCAGUGGCUGGCCUACAGCCGCCUCUACCAGAGCCUCGAGUUCCCCAGCAGCUGCCUCCUGCACCCCAUCACCAGCAUCGAGUACCAGUGGAUCCAGGGCCGGCUCAAGGAAGAACAACUGGAGGAGCUGGCCACCUCGUUUGGCUCCCUGCUGGCCUACGGGCUCUCCCUCAUCAGGAGGUUCCGCUCUGUCUUCCCUCUCUCUGUUGCUGACUCCCCAGUCCGGCUGCAGUCUCUCCUCAGAGUCCUGGUGCAGAUGUGCAAGAUGAAGGCCUUUGGGGAAUUGUGUCCCGACAGCGCCCCACUGCCCCACCUGGUGACUGAGGCCCUGCGGACUGGCACUGUGGAAUGGUUCCACCUGAAGCAGCAGCACCAUCAGCCCAUGGUGCAGGGCCUGCUGGAGGCGGGCAAGGCCUUGCUGAGGCUGGUACAAGACGUCACUGGUGACCUGCACCAGUGCCAGCGCACCUGGAACAAGAUCUUCCGCAACGCCCUCAAGAUCGACCUCUUCCCCAUGGCUUUCCUGGAGCUGCAAUGGCUGGUGGCCAAGCGGGUGCAGGACUACACGGCGGCGGUGGGCGGCCAGGUGUCCCCGGAGAUGGGGGACACUCUGUUCCAGCUCUACAUCAGCCUCAAGGAGUUCUGCCAGCUGGGCCCGGACCUCUCGGAGAGGGAGGGAGUCCUGGCUCUGGACGGCUUCCAUCGCUGGUUCCAGCCGGCCAUCCCCUCCUGGCUGCAGAAGACGUACAGCGUGGCCUUGGCGCGGGUGCAGCGUGCAGUGCAGAUGGACCAGCUGGUGCCUCUGGGAGAACUAACCAAGCAUAGCACCUCAGCCGUAGAUCUGUCCACCUGCUUCGCCCAGAUCAGCCACACGGCUCGGCAGCUGGACUGGCCCAACCCAGAGGAGGCCUUCAUGAUCACUGUCAAGUUCGUGGAGGACACCUGCCGGCUGGCCCUGGUGUACUGUAGCCUCAUCAAGGCCCGGGCCCGCGAGCUCUCUGCAGGCCAGAAGGACCAGGGUCAGGCAGCCAACAUGCUGUGUGUGGUGGUAAACAACAUGGAGCAGCUUCGACUGGUGAUCGGCAAGCUGCCCACCCAGCUGGCGUGGGAGGCGCUGGAGCAGCGGGUUGGGGCUGUGCUGGAGCAGGGGCAGCUGCAGCACACCCUGCACGCCCAGCUGCAGGGUGCACUGGCAGGCCUGGGCCACGAGAUCCGCACCGGGGUCCGCACCCUGGCAGAGCAGCUGGAGGUGGGCAUUGCCAAGCACAUCCAGAAGCUCCUGAGCAUCAGGGAGUCCAUCCUGCCGGAGGACGCCAUUCUGCCCCUGAUGAAGUUCCUGGAGGUGGAGCUUUGCUACAUGAACACCAACUUGGUACAGGAGAACUUCAGCAGAGCACCUCUGCUUCCUCCUCUGGCCUCCUGUCCUGUGUCCGGCCACUCGUCUGCUCUUUGCCCCAGCCUUCUGACUCUGCUCUGGACGCACACGCUCACAGUGCUGGCGGAGGUGGCCCCCUCCCAGCGGAGCUCCCCCCUGGCCGCGAACAGGCUGAAGAUUGCUCUGCAGAACCUGGAGAUCUGCUUCCAUGCCGAGGGCUGUGGUCUGCCACCUGAGGCCUUGCACACGGCCACCUUCCAGGCUCUGCAGAGGGACCUGGCACUGCAGGCGGCCUCCAGCCGGGAGCUCAUCCAGAAGUACUUCUGCAGCCGCCUCAAGCAGCAGGCAGAAACCACCUCCGAGGAGCUGGGGGUGGUCACAGUCAAGGCUUCCUACCAGGCCUCUGAGCAGAAGCUCCGCGUUGAGCUGCUCAGCGCCUCCAGCCUGCUGCCCCUGGACUCCAACGGCUCCAGCGACCCCUUUGUGCAGCUGACCUUGGAGCCCAGGCACGUGUUCCCUGAGCUGGCCCCCCGGGAGACCCAGAAGCACAAGAAGGACCUUCACCCGCUGUUUGAUGAGACCUUUGAUUUCCUGGUGCCCGCAGAGCCAUGCCAAAAGGAGGGGGCAUGCCUCCUGCUCACCGUGCUGGACCAUGACACGCUGGGUGCCGAUGACCUGGAAGGCGAGGCCUUUCUACCCCUGUGCUCAGUGCCGGGCCUUCCUGGGAGUGAGGAGCCCGAAGAGGUGCCGCAGACUCGCCUGCCCCUCACCUACCCCGCACCCAGCGGGGACCCAAUCCUGCAGCUGUUGGAGAGCCGCAAGGGGGACCGCGAGGCCCAGGCUUUUGUGAGGAUGCGGCGGCAGCGAGCUAAGCAGGCUGCGCAGCAUCCCCCACGGCCAGGGCAGUAGUGGGGGGAGGUUCCCUAUAGGGGCCAGCUUUCUUGGGAGGCCUGGUCCUCCCCACCACGGUGCAGCCCACCUGCCUGGCCUAGCACUCCAGAAGGAUCCUGCAGGCCUGGGAGCCCCAGCACAUGAGCCCAGAAUGCAGACCCCCCUGGCCCGCCCUCCUGCCAGACAGAACAAGGCCCCGUAGAUGGGCCGCCAUUAGAAAAAUCUAUACUCCCUCCAGCCCCAGAAGGGGAGGCAGCUGUGCCCCUUUCCCCUUUUGGAAAAUCUGCUCCAGCAGAGCAGGGUCUUGGGGGUGGGGGUGCAAGCUCCCUGGUCCUGUUCUUCAGCCCCCCACCCAGGCUUACUGGCUGUGGCUCAGAUCCUCCUGUGGGAGGGGCCCACCCUGCAGCUGCCUGAGUGGAGCCCCCCAGGGUGGUGGCGUCACUGAGGGGUGCUUCUGGCACCCUGGCUGAGGAGCCUGGAGCCGAGUGAGAGCUACAGGCAGUGGGCUGGCACUGAGGGCAGAGCAGAAAGGAAGCUUGGCUAGCUGUGUAUCCCUAGGGCAGUACCCGACACCGGAAACAACAGAUCAGCAAAUAACCUAUCCAUAAAUAGAUUAGCAAAUAAAAUAAUUAGAAAAAAGUAAAUAAAAAUCCACUGUCCUCCUUA